GAGAGUUUGCUUCAGUCUCUACUUCCUAGUUCCUACUGUUACUGUCUACUAAAGAUUUUGAAAUGGUGCUAAAUGCAACAAGGAUAAGCAAGCAACGCCGAAGUCCGAAAGUCUUAAACGUCCCUGCUCAUGAAAAUUGACAAGGACGGUAAUGCGAAGUAAAAUGACCGCGUUAGGGCCUAAGUGGGUCCACACCGUCAUUCUCCUUCAUCAACUUUCUCUACUUCCAUCCACCCAUGUGAAAAUGGGAAAAAUCCAAGUUUCAGCUUCUCUCUAACUUGCAGACUUACAGACAAAAAUAGAAUAGAGAAAAAUCGCCGGAAAAUGUCUUCACCCUCUCCGGUUGCUUCUCCCGCUGUACCCGCAUCGCCGCCGGCUACUAACUCCAGCUCGCCUCCUCCGACUUCGGAAACCAACUCCACAGCUUCGCCACCGCCACCGAGUACCAACUCCACAGCUUCGGCGCCUUCAAGUAAUACCUCAAGCACUUCCCAACCUCCACCUUCAUCGGCAUCUCCCAAUGGCUCUACGCCGGCAGUUGUAGUGGAUUCUAGUCCGCCGAACGGGCUGCCUCCUGCCGCUGUGACGGGCCUCAUAGUGGGAGUAGCUUUAGGAGCAAUAAUUGUGCUGAUUGGCGUCGGCGCUUUCUUCUUUUUUUACCGGAAGAAGAAGAGAAAGGAAGCAGAGUGUUACCCAGGAUGUCCACCGCCGCAAGGACCUAAAGAUGACCAUAAAACUGCCACCCAUUGGCAAGUCAAUAACCCUUCACCUACAGACAAUAAACUAACGUCUUUCCAUGAACCUCCUUUAACAAGUGGCAGUUCGGGCUCUGAGAAACCAUUUGCAUCACCAUCUCCUGGCAUUAUUGGACUAUCAGAGGGUACGUUUGCUUAUGAAGAGUUAGUAAUGGCAACUAAUGGUUUUUCCAAUGCCAACCUUGUUGGUCAGGGCGGUUUUGGCUAUGUCCAUAAAGGAGUUCUUCGCGAUGGUAAAGUGGUUGCAAUUAAGCAGCUCAAAGCUGGGAGUGGACAGGGAGAGCGUGAGUUUCAGGCAGAGAUUGAGAUAAUAAGUCGUGUCCAUCACUGUCAUCUUGUUUCAUUGAUUGGUUAUUGCAUCACUGGAGCCCAAAGGAUGCUUGUAUAUGAGUUUGUUCCAAACAACACUUUGGAAUUCCAUUUACAUGCUGGUCUAACAGGAAAGGGGAGACCAACUAUUAACUGGUCAGUGAGAAUGAAAAUUGCUGUAGGCUCAGCAAAAGGAUUGGCUUAUUUGCAUGAAGAUUGUCGGCCCAAGAUCAUACACCGAGAUAUCAAGGCAUCCAAUAUUCUCCUCGAUGAUGAUUUUGAGCCAAAGGUUGCUGAUUUUGGACUUGCCAAGUAUUAUUUGGAUACCGAUACUCAUGUCUCCACUAGAGUGAUGGGAACUUUUGGUUAUUUGGCUCCAGAGUAUGCCUCUUCUGGUAGGCUCACUGAGAAGUCGGAUGUCUUUUCCUUUGGUGUUGUGCUUUUGGAGUUGAUUACUGGGCGACGACCUGUUGAUAGAAGUCAACCUUUUGAUGAUAGCAUAGUUGAUUGGGCAAGACCUUUGCUCAAACAAGCUUUAGAAGAGGGCAUCUAUGAUGCUCUGGUUGAUCCAAAAUUGCAGGACUAUGAUUCCACUGAAAUGACUCGAAUGAUGUCAUGUGCUAAAGCUUGUAUACGCCAUUCAGCACGGCUUCGACCCCGAAUGAGCCAGAUAGUUCGAGCUCUGGAAGGAAAUAUGUCUCUGGAUGACCUAAGUGAUGGAAUCACACCUGGGAAUAGCAUGAUCUAUGAAUCUUAUGGAAGCUCGGAUUAUAAUUCUAGCCAAUACACGAAAGACUUGAAGAAAUUCAGGAAGAUAGCUCUGGAAAGCCAAGAAGUUGCUAGUAGUGAGUAUAGUGGAGUCACUAGCGAGUAUGGUCUGCACCAUUCUAGCACAAGCACUGAAGGCCAACAAACUACACAAGACGUAGAAUUACAGAUAAGAGAGAUUCCCAUCACAGAUUCCCAUGAAAGUUGAUCGUAGUUCAUUUCAUUCUCAGCUUCAUCAAUUUCAUGCCAGCAUCUUGCACAGAAUCAAUAUUGGAUUUGGAAAAAUCAUCUGGACAAAUGAGAUCCAUGAAGGCUGCAACUUCAUCUGAAAAUGAGUGGUUAAGCCUAUAAAAUCUACCUUUGCAAUUUAUCCAUUACUGGUGCUGUAAGGUAAAUACUUACAGGAUGAUGUAAAUUGGGAUCAACUUGCAUGAGAUAGUGAUUUAUUUUUGAACUUAAUUAGGUUAUUUUUUCUAGAUGAGACGACCAUGCCCUUAUCUGUACAUUCUUUCAAUUAUGUAGAGUUGGGUUAGAUUAGAUCCCAUGGAGAUGGUAAACUGAACUAUAGUUGAGAGUUGAAGCUACCACAUCGUGUCACCAGCUUACUAAUUUGAAUAUGGUAUCGGUUCUGCAAA